AUGGCUACGUCGAAGGGUGAGCACCUGAAGGUGCGCGAGGGCGACGUGAUCGACUCGCGUUUUAAAGUUGUUCGCGAGGUUGGGUGCGGCAACUUCUCUAAGGUGUACUGCUGCUAUGACGUGACGCGGCCCCGUGAUGAGAAGCGUAAACAUGUAGCUGUUAAGAUUAUUAAACGAGAGUAUCGGGAGGAUGCGUACUUUGAGAAGCAGAUGCUGGAGAUACUUAGUAAAAAGGAUCCUGACAACACUACUGUGUGUCGUAUGAUUGAUUUCUUUGAAUGGAGGCGGUGCCCUGUGUUCGUCAUGUCUAUACACGGUCCCUCGCUGCGCUCACNGUCGUAUGAUUGA